UUUGAGCCCAAAACAAAGCAAAUAUGUACAUGCACUUUGGAACGAAUUGAUCCAGAGGAUUUCAGUUCACUAUUCAUUAGCAAAGCCACUGGGAUCUUUUAAGAAAAUGGCAAACCGUGUCCUUCUCAUUUGUCUCCUGAUAGACUCGUUUCUCUUCUCCAAAUGUGCAGUUUUUAUCAAUCCAGACGAGGCGAGUAAUGUUUUGCAGCGAUAUAAAAGGUACAACACCGGGAGGCUAGAAGAAUUUGUCCAAGGGAACUUGGAACGCGAAUGCAUGGAGGAAACAUGCAACUACGAGGAAGCGAGAGAAGUCUUCGAGAACGAGGAAAAAACGAUGGCAUUUUGGAAGGUGUAUCUUGAUGGAGAUCAGUGCUUAUCAAACCCUUGCAAAAAUGGAGGCCGGUGUGAAGAUGAUGUUAGUAACUACAUUUGCUGGUGUCCAGCAGGUUAUGAAGGAAGGAACUGUGAAUUAGAUGCUACCUGCUCAACAAAGAACGGAGGGUGCAAGCAGUUUUGCAAGAACAAUGACGCUGGGAUUGCCGUGUGUUCCUGUGCUCCUGGGUACAAACUCAAGGCCGACCAGAGAGGCUGUGAACCAACAGUGCCUUUUCCAUGCGGAAAGAUUACAUCUCCCGAAGCCAAGAAAAAACUCACCCGCUCUUCCAUCACAUUUGAUAACUGGAUCUCCACAAAUGCCACCAGCGAUGACCUUGAAGGAGAAGGAUCGGACAAUACGACCCAGAUUCAGUGGAAGGAAGCUUUCCGCAACCGGGUCGUCGGAGGCACAGACAGCAAGAAAGGCGAAGUUCCCUGGCAGGUUUAUUUGCUCGACAGUGAGAAGAGAGGGAUCUGUGGAGGCUCCAUCAUCAAUGAAAAGUGGAUUGUCACAGCUGCGCACUGCCUGGAGUAUGAGCCCCGCACUGUUGUGGCCGGGGAACACAAUGUGAAUACCAAGGACCACACGGAACAAUCCCGCGAAGUGGCAAGGGCAAUCGCUCACCCGAUGUACAACGAGAGCAACAAAUACCACAACGACAUUGCCCUCCUCGAGUUGGCAUCUCCAUUGGAGUUUAACCACUACGUCACCCCGAUUUGCCUCGGGGACAAAGAGUUCACCAAUAACCUCCUGAGGCACGGACUGGGCACCGUGAGCGGAUGGGGCAAGUUGCACUACCAAGGGCGAGAAGCCAGCAUCCUCCAAGUCCUGACCGUCCAGUACAUCGAUCGGCCGACCUGUUUGAGGAGCUCUCGGUACCCCAUCUUGCCCAGUAUGUUCUGCGCAGGUCAACCCGGUGAAGCCAAGGACACCUGUCAAGGAGACAGUGGUGGACCGCAUACCACGGACAUUGAGGACACGUGGUUCCUCACUGGGAUCACCAGCUGGGGGGAACAAUGUGCCAAGAAGGACAAAUAUGGCAUCUACACCAGGGUUGCGAGAUACGUCAAAUGGAUACGAAAUAGCACAAGGAUCGUGCAUGGCUAGGCUCUUUGAAAAUGGGGAAAGUUGGGGCGAGGAAACGAUUUUUCCACUUUCUUUUUCCAAAGGUUUUUUUUUCUAAAUGGCUUAUUGUUAAAAAAAAAUGAAGAAUAAAUGUUUAAGACAAAAUUAGCGCAUCUUUGCUUAAGAUGACAACUUUAAUGUAAAUGUACAGUAGAGUCUCACUUAUCCAAGCCUCGCUUAUCCAAGCUUCUAGAUUAUCCAAGCCAUUUUUGUAGUUAAUGUUUUCAAUAUACAGUAGAGUCAGCCAAGCUGAACUUCCAUUGGGUUGUUGUAUGUUUUCUGGGCUGUAUGGCCAUGUUCCAGAAGUAUUUUCUCCUGACGUUUCGCCCACAUCUAUGGCAGGCAUCCUCAGAGGUUGUGAGCUAUAGAGGUUGUGAGCUACACCUGACAAUUAAUUACUUUUUAUAUUUUAUUGCAUGUACAGUAGAGUCUCACUUAUCCAAGCCUCGCUUAUCCAAGCUUCUAGAUUAUCCAAGCCAUUUUUGUAGUCAAUGUUUUCAAUAUACAGUAGAGUCUCACUUAUCCAACAUAAACGGGCUGGCAGAAUGUUGGAUAAGCGAAUAUGUUGGAUAAUAAGGAUGCAUUAAGGAAAAGCCUAUUAAACAUCAAAUUAGGUUAUGAUUUCACAAAUGAAGCACCAAAACAUCAUGUUAUACAACAAAUUUGGCAGAAAAAGUAGUUCAAUACGCAGUAAUGUAUGUAGUAAUUACUGUAUUUAUGAAUUUAGCACCAAAAUAUCACGAUAUAUUGAAAACAUUGACUACAAAAAUGCGUUGGAUAAUCCAGAAUGUUGGAUAAGCGAGAGUUGGAUAAGUGAGACUCUACUGUAUCAUGAUAUUUUGGUGCUAAAUUCGUAAAUACAGUAAUUACAACAUAACAUUACUGCGUAUUGAACUACUUUUUCUGUCAAAUUUGUUGUAUAACAUGAUGUUUUGGUGCUUAAUUUGUAAAAUCAUAAACUAAUUUGAUGUUUAAUAGGCUUUUCCUUAAUCCCUCCUUAUUAUCCAAGAUAUUCGCUUAUCCAAGCUUCUGCCGGCCCGUUUAGCUUGGAUAAGUGAGACUCUACUGUAUAGUAUCAGAUCAUUGCAAUUCCUGGUCUUGGAUUUGUUUUAUCUUUCCGGAAGUGUGCUAUGCCUAUGGAGAACUUGCAGAGAUAAAAUAAUUUUGAUUUC